CCUACACAAGUCACAGGACAAAGCAUCAUCACAUCAGCAGUAACGUUCAGCCUUCACACUGCACCCAUACCGGUAUUUAAAAGGAUACAUAAACUAAGAAGUUCAUCAACAAACAGGGCGGGUUACAGAGUGGCUGAAACAUGAGGAUAGUUGUUUUCUGCUCUGCAGUUGUCUGUUUGCUUUUGUUCUCAAGAACAGAUUCAUGCAAUGUGGAAAUACUCACAACAAGGUCCCCCACAAAUAUCUCUUCUCCGGGCUACCCCUUUACAGACUAUCCGAGGAAUACAAACUGCUGGUGGAGGAUCGAUGCCAGUGACGAAGACAGAAACGUUAUUGUGAGGGUUCUGGAUUCUACAAUCGAACAAUCCCACAAUUGCACUUAUGAUAGUCUGUCAAUUUAUGAUGGACCAGAUGCUACGGGCCCUUCUCUUGGGCGACUGUGUGGACGCAGCCGCACCUCUGUGAUAAGCUCUGGUAGAUCCAUCUAUAUCGUCUUCAAAAGUGACAGCAGUAACCAGUACAAGGGCUUCCUUCUUCAGUUUUCUGAAACAACAAGAUGUGGAGGCGAGUUGACAGCAACACCUGAGGAAACAGUCUUUCAAUCGCCUGGCUAUCCCUACGAGUAUGUAAACGAAAUGAAUUGCACAUGGUACUUCACGGCCGAGAAUGAAAAUGAUACAAUAGUCAUGACGUUUGAUGAGAUUAAUGUGCAGCAAAGCACCUAUUGUGACAUUGGCUCGGUUUCCAUCUACAACGACCACGAAAACGACGACGAACAGCUACUCGGACAAAUCUGUGACGAUACCACGCCUAACCUUCAAAGUUCCAGAAACAAAAUGAGGAUCGACUUUCAUAGGGAUAUGGACACUAUGGGAAUCGGAUUCUCUCUGAAAUUCAAAACGGUGAAAGCUAGUGUUUGUAACCUGACAAUGGUCUCUACUACCACCCCGCAAUACUUCGUAUCGCCUGGAUAUCCGGAUGCAUAUGAUCGUGACUUGGAAUGUGUGUGGAUAAUCGUGGCAGUGGUUCAGCCAUAUGUUCAACUUGACGUCAUCGACGCAGAAAUUGAGGGCCCAUACCCUUCCUGCAGCAACGACUCAGUGACUGUUUAUGGAGCAAUGAAUCUUUCAAGCAAUGGACUGGGAACGUUUUGUGGCAAUGCCACACCGACCUACACGUCGCCAAACCAGUUCUUGGUUGUGAAAUUUAAGACAGAUGAUGUGAUUGAAGAUAAGGGCUUCCGUAUCAAAUACACGAGUGUCAGAAAAAUAGACCAGUGUGGAAAUACAUCUCUCUCAGCUCAAACAACACACAAGUUCCUUCAGUCCCCCGCAUAUCCUAAUCAUUAUCAAAACAAUGAUCUUUGUAUUUGGACGAUGACGGCAUCGUCGUCAAAUUCCAUGGUCAGAAUUGUGGUACUUGAUUCCGUUCUUGAAGGAGGAAAUAACUGUCCCUUUGACUCUGUGACGGUUUACGAUGGUACUAGCAUACAUUCCAACGUGAUAACAGUAUGGUGUAAUACAAUGACACCGACAGUACAGAGCACUGGACAUGCAAUGACACUGAAGUUUAAGACAGACGGCUCCAAUACAUUCAGGGGCUUCAGACUCAAGUACUUUGAAACAACUAGCCCGUUACCAUGCGGUGGACACGAGAGUGCCUCUUCUUACGACCAGUAUCUAACAUCCCCAGGCUAUCCCAGGGACUACCCACCAAACAAGGACUGUACAUGGACUGUUAAUACAGAUUUUACGCAGAUCAAGAUUAAUGUUCUCGACAGCGAGAUGGAAGGACUCUCCUGUGCGGGUGACAACGUUAAAAUAAUUGAUGGAGAUGGCGUGUCAUUAAUUGGGGAGCUCUGCGGGAGUAACACACCAACCAUAUACAGUUCUGGUUCGUCUGCCACAAUAAGGUUCCACUCAGACUCUUCAACCUCUGGUAGAGGCUUCAAACUGGCAUAUACAGGAGGCGAUUAUUUCAGUCCAUGUGGUCAAGAAGAUAUCACCGCAGACAUUUGGUCAGACUACCUUACCUCCCCCAACUAUCCUUACCACUACCCAAGCAACUCCGAGUGUUCCUGGUCGAUCAAUACAGGGGACUUUAGCAAGGUGGUGUACGUUGGCGUUAUUACCUCGGACUUGGAGUACUCGGACACCUGUUCCUAUGACUACAUUGAGUUUUUCGAUGGUUACUCUGACACAGACACAUCACUUGGAAGAUAUUGCGGCAGCAGUCUUCCCACAAAGCACAGCUCCGGAGAAAACAUGUACAUCAAAUUCCACUCUGACAGUUCCAACACAGGCACAGGUUUUAAGUUGUCGUAUGAAGCCAAGGACCGUGGCGACUUUUCAGAUCUCGACCCAGUCAACAUCCCUGCUAUUGUUGGAGGAUCUGUCGGUAGCGUCUGCUUCAUCUCAUUUUCCUUGGCAUAUUAGCAACAGCCAGGAAAAGGAAUCGACCAGCGGUCACCCAAGUCCGAGACAACACAGUACACAAUGUCAGUCAGGGUCCCUAUGAGACUACAGUUACUCCGGCCAACUUCCAGCCACCCCCUGCAUAUGUCCAAGUGGCCAGUCCUCCUCCCUACCCCCAGCCAGUUGCUACGAGAGACACAGCCCCAAUCGUAACCCAAGUAGCUGACUGAGAUCAUCAGAUAAUAAUCGGCAAUACACUGGCACACAAAUUCAGACUCAAUUCUGAAAUAUAUUCACUAGUACCUGCAAGUAUUUAUCUAACAAUGUCUUGAUUAAGCAUUAUCUAACAAACAUGUUAGCCGUAAAUUGUAUUUUCCUAUUACGGUUUUCAAUACCCGAACAUCGGAAAGAAAUGUGCUUUUUCCUACAUUUGUAACGAAACGUCAUUUGUUAUGAAAAUGUCUGGUAAAAUAUAGUAUAUGCUGCAAAUGCCAAAUGUUAAUCAAAAAAAUUAAUUGUUUACGUUGAAAUACUAAUUACCACAUUUUCGACAUUGGGACUGAAAAAUACAUAUGUCAGUUUCAAAUCAGUUAUUCAAGCAGUUUGUGAGUCUGCUUUUGUACAUUUUGAUUCAGAUACUCAUGUAUUGAGUCAUAGACUGAUGUUUACAUAUUAUCACAAUGGGAUGUGCAAUAAAGAACAUGUAAUUUCGGUUUCGUUCAUGUGUAACAUGAUCCAGUGUACCACAUACCUUGAACUAUAUAACUACGUGUAGCAUUGCGUUAUUGUCUGUCCCCACUUUAUGAAGAUAUUGCUACUUCUUAAAUGUAUAAAAUAUAUUUCAUAAAAUAAUAAAACAAUCUUAAAACUUCACUUGGUCAACGCACACAAGAACGUAAUUAAGGAAUGAAUAUAAACGACUCAUGAUCGCCAAUGUAUGACGAUUUUGCGAAAUUGUUGUCAUAUCUUUACCUGUAAGUGAUAAGAUGAGAUAUAAGACUAUUAUCAUUACAAGUACAUUUGGCAGACUAGAUUAGCACCAAAAUGUGAAAAGUGAUAUAUCAUUACACUAGGUUAUGAGUAGGAAUAUACGACACAAACGCAGUUGGGGGCCAGAGGGUAGAAAUUGAUUAAUGGUACCGAUGCUGCUUCAUUUGCAAACAUAAUAAAUCCGACCGCCUCCGAAAAUGCAUUUGUAAUUAAAUAAUCAGGUAGUUUGUUGCGAAACAAUAAAGUCAUACUCCAAA